UACAAAAGCAGUAGAAGUUUAAAGUAUUUGGAUUAACCUUUAUACAAUGUGAGGGGGGUAAACACUGCAGGCUUUAUCAGGAAAUUAUCAAAAACUAGGUUGCCAUGACGGCACCAAAGCCGUUGCAGGAGUUCUUGGAGGACGCAGAACUCGGGCAUUAUUAUGACGCCCUAUCAAAUCAGUUGAAGAUACAUUCUGUGCCACAAUUGAAGUAUGUGGAGGAUGAUGAGCUCAUUGACAUGGGUAUGACAAAACCAGAGCUGAGGCGUUUCAAAAAAUAUUUCAACAAAGAAUGUCCACAAGGGACCUUUAGCAAAUUGAAAAAGCGUAUGUUUGUGAAAUCAACCAUUGAACACAAUGACAAUACACGAAAAAUCCAGCAUCCCUCUCCAGAACAUCGUAUUAUCCCAAGUUCACCUCGAGAGAUCCCGCCAAGUCCCAAAAGUCCAGGGAGCAUUAGCCAUCCCAGCAACCCUAGCACUGGUUAUAUAAUCUCCUCUGAGAGCAUCACUACAAUAAGGACAAUUGGGAAGGGAGAGUUUGGUGAGGUCCAACAAGGUGUAUGGACCAAUGAAGGGGAGAAGAUACAAGUUGCAGUAAAGAUCCUAUGCAAAGAGCGUAUGGAAAGUGGCUCAUCAGAGUUCCUUAAAGAAGCCACAAUCAUGCAUGGCAUUAGCCACGAUUGUAUUGUCCGUCUGUUUGGUGUUGUCCUUGAUGGUGACAACUCGCUUAUGCUGGUCACAGAAUAUGCUCCUAUGAAGUCCCUUCUAGAAUGUCUCAAAGACACAUCAUCUCGCCAAAACUUUCCUGUGACAACAUUAUGCGACUUUGCAGUACAGAUCGCUGAUGGCAUGGCAUACUUAGAAAAUAAACGAUUUAUACAUAGAGAUUUAGCUGCUAGGAAUAUAUUAGUUUUUUCAAAAGAUAAGGUUAAGAUCAGUGACUUUGGAUUGUCAAGAGCACUAGGUGUGGGGAAAGAUUACUACCAAACCAACUUCAAUGUCAACUUGAAACUUCCAAUAGCAUGGUGUGCGCCUGAGUGUAUCAACUACCUGAAGUUUACAACAGCAUCUGAUGUCUGGUCAUACGGUGUCACUUUAUGGGAGAUGUUUUCAUAUGGAGCACAACCUUGGGCGUCUUUGACUUCACACCAGGAAUCAGAUCUGGAGGCUGAUGAUCCUGACAAAGUAAUGGAGAUAGCGCAAGAGAUCCUACAGACCAUAGAUGAGCCAUGUAGUCAGAGGUUGGACCAGCCUGAUGCUUGUUCCAAGGAGUACUAUGCUAUACUAACCAAGUGCUGGGAACAUGAUGCAUUGAGACGGCCAAAGUUUACUGAAAUAUUAAAAAUUCUUCCUCAGAUACGCCCUGAUCAGAUGGCUGCCAUUCGAGAUUGUCCGAGUCCGAUGGAGCCUACGUCAUUGCCAUAUAAGGCACAGGACAUAAUAACUGUACUCGACAGAAGUCCCACUGAUGCCCCUGAUGCAACACAUUGGAAGGGAGUGUUACCCUGUGGCAAGUGUGGCUUCUUCAAUCCUGCUGAUGCAACUCCUUAUGUAGAAGUAAAGGUCUCCCCUGUGAAAAUCAGUAAAAUACAAAGAUCUAAAAGUGAUGUCCGUAAGCAAGGGAAGAAAGACAGUAGAAAAUCUAGACUGCGUGCUGAUAUGAUAGGCCUUCCACAGAAUGAUUUGCGUCACAUAGGUCAUAUAGGAUAUGACGGUGCCAUCACUGGAGAUAUUGGCAUAAUCGGGACAAACUAUGACAUGAAGCUUCCAGUUAAAGUUGUCCCUCCUUAUAAGCCCCAAGAUGAUUUGAACAGCUCAACACCCUCCUUGACGAAAUCUGAUGACUCUGCGCAUGUAAUUAUCAAAGGUCUCUCUGAUGGUUCCCUCAUGUCCACUCAGUCUACACCAUCACCCAGCAGCGACAAGAAGGGGGACAGUGGAUGGGGUAGUGAUUUGGGAGAUAUGAGUUCCAACACUUUUGAUGAGUCCGAUGGAAAGAAAGACAGCUAUGAGGAAAUAAAUGAUGAAGAAGACUUCUUCAAAAUGCCAGAAUUCUCGACAUCGCUAGAUCUCGGUCCAGAUUUUAUGGAAGAAGUCCUGAAAGCUCUUAAAGAACCAGAGAAAUAUGAAGAUGAAGUUCAUCUUACACCAAGAGAUGAGGAAAACAAUGAUGAGGAACAAACUAAUGGCCAGGGGUUGGAAAAUAGGGGAUUGACACUGGAUUAUAAUGACCCUGGGGAUACCCCCCUCAGCCACUCCCCUGCUACACCAAUCAGUGUGUCGCCAAGAAGUCCUGGCGUGUUUGGCUCAAGCCUUAAUGAUAGCUCUGAUGAUGUUUUUCGAACCAAGGAAGAAAAGAAAUCUAAAACCAAAUUGAGAAUUGAAGUCUCUCCAAGACACAAGGAGAAGAAGCAAGCCAAAGUGAAACCCAUGUCUGCAUCAGAUGAGAAGAUGAUAGACGAUGCCAUUGCCAUGGCAACUGAGAUGGCACAUAAAGAGAAUCAGAAAAAUAUGAUAUCUACCCCUGAACCACAAGUUCCUAAGCUUGAUAAGCUAAGAGACACUGACAGUGGUGGUGAAUCUUCGCCUCGCAGUGCUGGACUAAAGGGUAAAUUCUCAUUUAAAUUCUCAGGGAAAUCAAGCCCUAAAAUUGAACGUAAGAGUUACACUGAGGAAAUCCAGUCUAAAACAAUAGAGGGCAGUGUAACACCUGAAGCCCUGGAAGUUUAUGAUAUGUUAGUGCAGAAGGGGCCCUUCAAAGAGACCCCCAAGGAGAGUAAACAUGUGUCAACAAGGGAACGCAGAAUGAAACGAGCUAUGGAGCAUCAACAGAGAGCUAGUUAUUCCGGGAGUGACACUGACGUAUCAAAACAUAAAGAAGAUGAUCAACUGACAGUACCUACCCCUGGAGUAGAACCUGUAACCCCCACAGAUCCCAAACCAAGUGAAAGACAAGGAAGUGUCACAACUCCAACUUCAUCCAGUGUUGUACGAAACUUAAAUAUAAGAAAUCCACAAGGAAUACCAAGAAAAAGUGUGCCCAGUAUAGACACUACUGACACAGGGGGCGCUGUGAAUCCUCUACGUCGAUUACGUGAAGGGGCAGGGUCUGGUGCCCCAGCUCCUGUACCCCGUAGAUCGAGAUUGAAUGACAAGAUUCGUAAUCCCGCCCUCCCAGGUAUAGCGGGUCUGUCAAGAUUACGUCAGAAAGACACUGAUACCAAUAAUAGUAAUGGUCACUCUCCAACAGAUACUGACACUGCUGUGGAGGGCAACCCCCUGCCAUUACCUCCCAAAUCUAUAUCCAGACCAUCUGAACUAAACCAACGGCCAAGGACACGCAAAUACCCUUUAGCAACAGACCCCCCUACAUCCCAGACAAAUGGGACCAGUCGUGGCAAACCACAACCCCCUACUCCCCCAGAGGAUGAACAAACAGAUGGUGAUGAUGUCUUUAGCUCUAAUACUCUACCUAAAACUAAGUUUGCAUUUAAACAUGUGCAAGCUGACCCUAAGCAACUAGGAUUAUUUGACGGGUCAGAUCCAUUCUGGGAUAACCCUGUAGACUUUGGUGAUGACAAACAUAUGGCUAAUAUAGCUUUGGACCCCCUUCAGCCUAAGUACAAGACUUCAGAUGAGAAUGUCAGUUAUGAAGACUUAUUGGAAUUUGCCUUGGAUGAUGGCAAAGGACCUAAAAAGGAUAUGUGUGAUGAAGUGAGGUUAAUGCAAAGAGUAUUCAGUAGUCAGGUUGCCUCUAUCGAAGACUGUAUGAUGGCAUUGAGUGAGACAGACUGGGACGUUGUCAGUGCCAUCAAAUAUAUCAAACUUAAACAACUCAUCGGCACUCAGCUUGGUGAUGCUAAUGUAUGUAAAGACGCUCUCAUGCGCCAUAGCUGGAGUGUUGAGCAGGCUGCAAAUUAUCUCCUCGCUAAUCCUUUAUCAAGUCCCGAUGUAGUAGAUGUAUAACAUGAAGGACACAUCAUAGAAAAUGUGAACUGAAUAUAUCAUGGAGAUGACUGGAGUGACAGUUUCAUAGGUGACAGUUACGAGGAUAACAUGCAUUGACUGGAACCAGGAUGUUACAUUGAAGAUCUAACAGUCAAAAUCGGAUUACAAAUAGUCCAUUGACCUUCUCCAAUAGUGCAGUGAUUGUGUCAUAUCCAGUCUGGAAGGACUUCCAUAGAGAGAUAGAAGGAUAGGAAUAGUUAUGUGAUAUUUGGGUUUAAGAGACAUGAGUAUUCUAAGACAUGCUCUUAGUGCAUGAAGCUACAACUGAGUGGAUAUAUGUACUGUAUAUCUGUAUACUGCCACAAUACAGGAUUAUAACACAACAGAUCACACUAGACAGAAUUUAGCAAUUCUGAGUCAUAUCUGGAAUAAUAAUAUGGAAUAUAUCUGUACCUAUUCCUGAGAUAACAUUCUAAUGUAUAGAAGCUUUAACCAUGCUUCGCUUUCUUUCACUACGACAACAGAAAAACCUAUCAAAAUAAACGCCAUAGCUCAGAUAGAUUCUCAAUGCCGUAAAAAUCCUAUAAUCUGUUAUUUCUGAAAUACUGUAUAUGAAUAUUAAUCUAUAUUGUAAUAUCGGAAGAAUUUCGUCCAUGUGAAACAAUUGGUAUUAGUUCAAAGUCAAAAUCGGAUGAAAUAUACAGUAUUAGCUCUUUUGAAUUUGAAUAUAAUAUGAAAAGGACUCUCCAGUUGGGAAUACUGAAUAGCGAUGUUUUGACAGAAAAGCAAUGUUUUAUGAAACCCUGGGAUCUUGCAGGAGCUAUUUCUUAAACCUUAGCUGAUACGGUUCUGUGCUGUGAACAAAAUACAAAUGCAGUUAUUUUGACAGGUUUUUCUUCGUUUUCACUCUACUUGAGAUUAGACUCACAAUUUCAAAUUAUGUGCAAUGUAAUGUAGAAUGUAUUUAGUUAUUUAAUAAUUAACUGCCACACUAUGUAUUUAUAACCAAUUUUAUGAUUUUCAAGAGAAACUGUCAACAUUUGAACAGAACUAUUGAGAAUAAAUCCAAUAACAAAAUGUUAAUGAUUAAUUCAUCAAGGUUGAUUUCCAAGUUAAUAUGAUUUUUCUCAAAAAGAGAUAAGACUUAUAUGAUAUUAUACUACAAAAGUAAGUUGUGAUAGUCCCUAACAUAUACCUGUAGAACAGUGGUUAUAAAAAAUGCUUCCGUAAAUUCCAGGGAUUUUGAAUGAUACCCGUUUCGUUCAAAUUCUGUUUUUUUAUAUUAUCAUUCAAAUGUUGCUUGCAUAUUUUCAAUGUUCCUUUGCUGCUUUGUGUUCUUUUCAAUUUUCUUUUUCAAAAAAUGAGAGUAACAAUAUUAGAUAUCAAUUGUACAGGAUUUGUGUUAAAAUAAUUCAAAAUAUUUGUAUAAUUGUAAGUUUUGAAAAAUUGCAGUUUGUUGGAUCACAAAGUAUAGGAGAAUGGAUUGAUGUUUGUUCAGUUAAAACAAUUUUCAAUCACAAUGUUCUCUUAUGUUUUUGUUUGACAAAAUGCUGUAGACUUAAUACUGUACACUGAAAUAAGAAAAUGUUCUGUUAUUGCAGUUUCUAUCAUGUUUAUAUAUAAUGUUCUUAAAUGUUUAUCAUGUUUGAUUCAAAAUUGAUCAUUCCAAAUUGGUCCCGAUUGGUAAUUUAUUCAUCUCUUAAAAUCUCAUUUGUAUAAUUAAUUGCAGCUCCUGUUUUAUUGUAUCAUAUUAUUGUAGGAAUUCUACUUUGAUCAAUUUAAUUUCACAGUCUGCAACCAAUCACUUGGAGCUCAAUGAAGGGGAACAACAAGAGAAUUUUAUUGAUCCCCAAGUAAUUCUUUCUUUGAUUAUGGAGACCACUGUAUUGAUUCCUUAUCAACAUUUAACACUUGGGAGAUUUCUUGCCCUUUUGUGAAACACUGUAACACACUUUCAGACUUUUCCUCGAUUCUCAACUUCAAUUUCAUUAUAGGGUUGGAAUAUUUAGAAGAUGCACAAUGUCUUAAGUUUUAUAAACAAUUUGAUUGUUUUAAUUAACAAAAAAUGUUUGAAUAUGGACUUCACGCAUUGAAUGUAGCUUUGGUGAUUAAUUUAAGAAAUGAUGUUGAGUCUAUUUAACGACAGAUUUGUAUCAAUGUUAAAUUAUUUUCCCUAAUUGUGUCAACCUUUUCCUCAAAGAUAGUCUUAUAUCAAAACCCUGUACCCCAUUCUUCUCUCGUACUCUGAGUAAGAAGGAUAGAGGAUCAGUAGAUGGUAUUUAUUGCAUGAAUGCAAGAGUAUCUCAAAGAAAUAUCAACCAAUGACUUUCCUCUGUCUUCACUUAAUUGUCAUGUAUGUCCAGAGAGAAAUCUGGAAUUCCCUUAUGUCUGGGUAAAAGGCCUCAUUGUAAGCUCACUGAGAUAUUUUCAAGAUAUGUUAGUCAUCAUGUGGUUAGUCAAAUUAAUUAUUUCCUCAGUGUUUCCUAUUUUAGGGAAAUUAGUUUAAAAGUGUCAAUAAAUGCAUAAAUUUUGAAGUGGAAGAGCAGUGAAUUAAUUUUUAGGAUUGGAUUUUUAUGUUCAUCUGUCUUGACCACUAUGGUAAUUGUCAGUUCUGUUAUUCAUUGACCCCACUCUGACCCAUGAAAUCCCAAUUACAGAUGUACAAUUCAAUUUAAUGUAUGGGUCUGGUUUCUAGUUAAUUCCACUAAUUUCAAUACAAUUUGUCAUUUUAAAUAAACAAAACUUCAUUUUCUAUUUCUUAUUUCUACCAAGUGGCUGGUGUUUCCUGGCAAUUCACAUCAUUUUCUGUUUUGAUGACCAAUUAAUAAAACUGGAGAUUGUGUCAAAAUGUCUUGAUAUUUUGGUAAACAACUUCAGCAUGGCCAACUAGAUAUACUAGUAAUGCACCAGUGACAUGUUUCUAAAUGAGGUGAACUGUGUUUUCUUGUGGUUAACACUGUAACCUGAAACAAUAUGCACUUAACAACCAAUCUUGUAGUUUCAUUAAACUCAGUUACAGUUCAGAUUCACUGCUGGUUUGUUGGUGCUUCUAGAAAUGCUAUAAAUACCCUAUAAGUGGGAAAAAUGUUAUAUCAAGAUUGAAAACGGGUCAGGGUAGUGUUUUGAAUCUGUAUUUCUGUAUGCGAUUAACAAUCAGACUUUACAAUUAAUUUAUUUAAUCAAUCCGGAGUUUACUUGACAGAACCAAGGUGAUUAUCUCAGAUUUCUGAAGGAAAGUUAAGGAUCCUGUUUCACAAUGAUGCAUGGUUUUCCAAGCAGUGUACAGUAUUCGGUUCAACAGUGUGUUCUUACAGUGUAAUCUUGUUUUACUGAUAAUAAUGCUAGAAAUACAAUUGAGGUAGUAGCAUAAGACGGUGCUAUUUUAUAUCACAGGAAAAGCCUAUAUAGUUCUGCAUCAAGUCAGAAAUAUCAAGCAUUUCAUCAAGUGAUAGCUUAGUGCCUGUGAUGAUUAAAUAUACAGAUUUGUAUGUGGUUUCUGGCUUGUAUACAGGGCUAUACAGUAAAGAAUGGUGAACUGCAGUUUUGUUUGCUUGAUUUUGCGCUUCCAUAAUAAGUUCUGUGCCAGUGUUGUUCAACAGUGUUUUUGUAUAAAUUGCCUUAUUAUAAGCCCAUUUUGAGUAAGUUUAUUUUCCUUAUAGAUAAGACUCAUCCAACAAACCAGCCUUUUAUGGUAUGUUCAAUUGUAUAUUUUUUAUUUUUGUAUAAAAUAACUGUGGAUACAGUAACAAUUAUGUUUAUAAUUAUUAUUAUUACAAUAUAUGGUAAUCAUAUGACAUUAAUUUACAAUUUGUACACAAUUUUGUUAAUUAACAACAAUAUUUAAGUUUCGAAAUGGGCACAUUGUGUCUGAGUCAUGGAUAAGAGUACAAUUGUACUCUAAUGUAAGUCAUUAUUUCGUGAUAUAACAUAAAAUACAAUAAAGUCAUAUAAACAACAAUUGGUAUUUUGUUCAUUGAAACUAUAAGGUAACAAACCAUUUGGUGAACAUGAUGGCAGACACCAAAGGUAAACGUGCGAUUCUCCCGAAUGGAUUUCUUUACAUGAUUGACAAAAUAAACCACUGUAGAGUGAGUGGUAAGAAUAUUGAAAGGUCACAGAGGAAUGCAACAUUUACACCUUGCACACUUGAAAAAGUGAAUUGAACAUAUUUUUAAAAAUUGGAUACUCUUAAUAACAUAAGUUACACUCCAAAGUCUACUAAAGAACACUCAAGUCCACCUACAGUCAAGUCAUUAUGCCCUUUAUACAUGUACCAAAUCCUACAUAAAACUCACAGUGUUUUUAAAGAUCAAUGAUAUGUGAAAUAUUGAGGGAAUAAUGCAAAAUGCUCUAAAAAUUGAUUCCCUUGUGAAUGUUAUAAUGCUAAGUGUAUAUAAUAUAUAGCGAAGUACAAAAAGCGUAAUAUAAGUGUACAAUAUAUAAGUAUAGAUUAAUUGUGCUAUUAUACAGCGUAUCUAAUAUUCAGUAUUUCUAAAAGCUUCUAG